AUUUGCAGCUGAUCACUAAGAGAAGACAUUUCAGGCUGCUAAGUGUAGGAUGUGCAUGUUUGCUAUUGAAUAAAGUAGAGAGGUUUGUCUGGAAGCUGCUGACUGGGUCAACAGAGGCUGAACACUGACGAGACAUGGAAGCUGUGAUUGGACUGUUGCUGAUGCUACUCAGAGUCUCUCAUGGUGUGGAAACAUGUGAUGGCAGACAGGAUGGAGCUCAGUGUUAUGGAGCUUUGGGAGGAACUGUGGUCCUCCAGCUGAAGGACAGCGCCUCAGAAAUAUUUAGAUACCAAUUGUUAAGCAACAGAACAGUAAUACUUCAAGGGAGAAAGAAUCAGAUUCAUUUUAAUCUGAUAGAAAACAGAUCCUCAUUUACUCCCAGUAAUGGAACAUUUCGGAUCAACAAAUUGAACUGGACUGAUGGUGGUGAAUAUACUGUUGUAAUCUUUGAUUCAAAUGGACAGAGAUCAGAGCUGCGGACUCUAAAUUUGACCAUUCAAGCUCCUGUGUCCUCUGUCCUGCUGGUCUCUGAGUGUCUGUCCCAGGGAGAGAUGAGGGUGUCCUGCUCCUCUGAGGGAGGGGACAGUCCUCAGUACAGCUGGACUCUGGAUGGACACACACUGACAGACGCUCAGCUCCUCUCUGGAAACAAUGAGAGUAACAACAUCACUUUGAAACAAGACGUGUCAGGACAGCUGGUCUGCUCAGUCAGGAAUAACGUCAGUAGUGUCUCCAAAAAAGAGAAGAUAUCUACCUGUGGCUUCAUAUUCAUUAACUGCACCAUCAAUAUGACACACAUAUCACAGUGGGUGCUUGAAGCCAAUAACACCCUGUGUAUUGAACCAACAACAACACCUACCAUGAUCACAGACACUGAGACCUCCACUGACAAUCGCUCCCAGCUCAUAUGUGGUGUGCGAGCAGCUGUGGUGAUUCUUUUAUUAAUUGGGAUCGCCAUCUAUUUUGUUUGGAAGAAAAAUAAAUAUCAGAUAGCUGAAGGCUCUGCCGACCCUCGAACAAUGAAAUAUCAAGAGAACUCUGUUGUGAUGGUUGAAAUGAGAAGUUCUGCAUCUGAACUUUAACUUUCUGAAACCAACACCUCAGUGUCGCCCCUCACACCUGCUGUGAUUGGCCUCAUGUCUUUCUGGAUGUGAAAACAGGGUUUAGAGUGGAAACUCUGUUCACUCUGUCACUUCACUGGUUAUUGACUUGGUGAAAGUAGGAUCAGAGUUUCAGUACGCCGCUGCCUUUGGAGAGUGAUAAAUCAUCCAGAGGCCACUGCUCCACACAGCACAGUUUAUCCUAAAGCAAAAUGUGACGUUGUGAAUAAAGCUGAUUUUGUCAUUAGCAGUAAAUUAUUAGAAUAUAGACUUCCACAGUGUUGCUGUCCAAUAAAAACAAUGCAUCACCAAAUGUAAUGAUUUAGAUUUUUUUAGACACAUUAAAGGAUGAAUUGUUUCUUCAUGGGUUGAGAACAUUCUCCCACUUCUUCAGGUAAAUCAGCCAUUUUGAAACACACUGGAUUAUCUGAAAAACUGUCACAAAAUUGGAAACAGGGAUAUUUUUAUUAGGAAAGAAAAGUUAAUGUUUUUAAGAUAAAUUGCUUAAACUUUUGUAUCUGUACAUGACUUUAUGGUUAUGUAUAUUUUAGAAAUGGUGAUUUUGUAUUCAAAUCAUGGUAUUAACUUUGUUUAGUAAAAUCAAAACUGUGUACAAUUACAGUUAAUGGCAUUUUCACAUAUAUGAUUAAAGUGAUUAAUUGCUGGAUUAUGUAAAUAACAGUUUUGUUUUUUCUUAUUUGAUUAUACUUACAAAUAUAUGUCUGUUUUGCUAAGAACAAUAAUGUAAAACCAUUCAAAACAUUUAAUAGUAGGAGUUUCUGUUGUUUUGUAAUAAAAACCUGUUACUGUUG